GGAUGGACGAGCUGGAAAACUUAGUUAAAAGGCACAAGGGGAAGGAUAUUGACAACCCUGUCCAACGCUGCUUCAUCGAUAAUUUCUGACCCCAGUCAUUCACUUGAAAUGCAGCUCAAGCUCCUCUCUUUAUUCGCUCUUUCUUCCACCGCCCUCGCGGACCUCUCGGGGCUGAUCCCAGGUCCUGUCCAGACCGAUGUGAUUGACUUCUACAGCCUUCCCACCCUCUUUCCGCCCCCAAUCGCCGUCGAUCCAAUCGCCACCGAAGCUAUCCGCCAAACCCUGGCUCUGUAUCCCUUCGCCAUCGAUGGGAAGAACUUUGACGCCCUCUCCAAGGUCUUCGCCUCCGACGCGGUGGCCAAUUACUCGGCGCCGUUGAAUGUGCUCACCCCUCUCUCGAGUAUCAAGGAGACCCUAAAAGCAAGUCUCGCCUGCGUGACUACGCAGCACCAGUUCGGGACGCAACUCAUUGACAUUAUCUCCCCGUUUACCGCCCAAUCGAUCACGUACUACCGAGCCGCGCAUUUUGGACAGGGCAAUCUGAGCACGGAGGUGGCAACUGCUUAUGGCCAGUACCAGGAUGUGUGGAAGAGGCAGUCGGAUGGAACCUGGAGGAUUGUGCAUCGGAAUCUGGUUUACAUGAGCGAGGUUAUUGGGAACCAGCUGGUGUUUCUGUGCUGAUGGCGCACCCGACUCAGGUACUGUGGAGGGUGCUGGGUAGAGAUUUGUAAUUAUUUAGGUGAUCCAGUCGGACAGCAAAAUAUGUCCGACAGACGGCAUAUACAUCCUUUCGCCGCGCCUAUCGCUUCAUAGGGUCUAUAUCACCCAACCUCGUGAAAGAUUGCCAGUCACCUGGAACGGCCCGUCAUUUUCUGGCAUUGCUAAUCCUACAAAUUCUUUUCCAAACGAGCAUGGAUCUAUCAUAACCACUUCCCGGC